AUGGCUCCCCGUGCUACUACUGCUGGUGCUGCUGGCAAGCCUGCUCGAGGCUGGGAUGCUGCCUCACAUGAGGACCUCCUCCUCGCUCUUCUCGAAGAGAUCAAGCCGAACAAGGCUGACCUUACCAAUGUCGCCGAGAAGAUGCGCAGCAAAGGCUACUCCUACUCCUACGACGCGAUCAAGUACUACCAGCACGUCCAGAAGCUGCGCAAGAACCGCGACACCACCGCCAUCCAGAACUCUGGUGGCUCCGAGAAUGGCACUCCUCGCAAGCGUGCUUCUGGUACCAAGACGCCUGCCAAGCGUGCUCCCUCCAAGCGCAAGGCCACUAAGUCGACUUCCAUCGUCGACGAGGACGAGGAUCUUGAGGAUGAGAAGAUGCAGCUUAAGAUGGAGACGGACGACAUGGAGGAGGAACUCAUGUCCCCCAAGGGCGCUAAGCGCACUAAGUCCGAACCCGAGGACGAGGUCACCGUUGGUGAGAUCUAG